UUUGAAAAUUAGCCCCCAAAACCCAGAAGAAGCCAUGCAUCACCAUUAUUACACCUUCAAUAAUUCCAUCUCUGUUUCUGCAACACCCCACCCCCACCUCAUCAAUGUCAGAUCUCACCUUUUCUCUGACAAUUUUCCCAAUUCCAAUCUUGUCAGCACCCUAAAUUCCAAAAAAACCCCAAUUUUCAACCCAUUUUUUUUCAAUUUCAGACACAAAUUCCACCUCAUCAUCCUCUGCUUCUUCAAUUUCAGUUUCAAAACACAUGGCAUCAUCACACAUUUCAAUACUCAUCACACAUUCAUUGCCCCAUUGCUUUGAAACCCACAAUUCCCUAAAUUCACCCCUCAAUUUCUUCAAUUUCAGUUUCUCACUCUGUUUCUUGUUUUAACGCAAUUUGAUUGUUUUGAGAUGGUUUUGAUACGAGAAGUUAUGAUUCGAGAAUUAGGGUUAGGGUUAGGGUUUCAAUUUCAGUUAUAAAGUUAUAAAAUUGAUGGAUUUUAUGCUGGAAAUUACGAUUCGAGAAUUAGGGGUAGGGUUAGGGUUUCAAUUUCAGUUAUAAAGUUGUAAACUUGGAUUGAUUUGAGAUGAAUUUAGUGAAGAAAAGAUGAGGAUGCAAGAAUUAGGGUUAGGGUUAGGGUUUGAGAAAUGGGGUGUAGGGUUUCGAAAGUUGAUGACUUGCCGUUGGUGAUUAAGUGUAGAGAGAGAAAGAGGUUGAUCAAGUGUGCUGUGGAUUACCGGUAUGAACUGUCUUGUGCACAUUUGGAUUACUUUCAUAGCUUGAAAGAAGUUGGUUUUGUGUUGUCUAAAUUUGUUGAUGAACAGCUUGUCAUUGCUUCACCUGUUCUUACAUUGCCGUCGGAUUCGGUUUCGCGUGUUCGUUCGGUUGAUCGUAGGAAUCAAGAUAAAGAGUCUGAGUCUGAGUCUGAGUCUGAGUUGAGUGUGUCUUUAGAUGGUCAUAUUCAUAUACAUGAUGAUGAAAAUGAUGAUGAUCAUGAUGAUGAUAGUGGCGGUUUUGAAAAUAAACCGCCGCAGUCGUCUAACUUUAAUCGGCCCGGUGACUAUAAUGAAAUGAAUAUGAAUGAACCUUAUGGAGUUGAUAGAGGACAGCAGCCUUAUCAACCUCAAUGGGGUGAGCCUUAUGUGGAGAAUUCGUCUGCGUUUCCGUUUCCGUAUCCGUACCAACCUCCUUGGGGACCGAACGAAACUAGUUGGGGCGCGGGUGAGCCUUAUCAACCUCCUUAUGUGAUGAACCCAUCUGCAUCGCAAUAUCCGCCUCCUUGGGGGGCGUAUCAAGCGAAUUUCGAUACUUUCGAUGGAUAUGGUGGGAACUCGAAUUUGAAUUCGAAUCCAAAUCCGAAUCGGUAUGCCUUUUUUAUGAAAAAAUCGGCUCCGGCUAGCCACACUGUGAUUCAACAAGAGGAAGCGAGGGGUUUUCGAGAAACACGUCAACGGGUUGAUCAUCCACCGGGUUAUGAUCCAUAUGUAAGUGGAUACGGAUACGGGUAUGGGUUUUCUUACGGUGGGGAACCGCCACCUCCCCAGGAACCCGAGAAGCCCAAAAGUCCGCCGCCGCCGCCUCCUCCGCCGAUGGAAUCUGAUUAUUUUAACUUUUUUAACGCGUAUGAUAAUGAGUAUCAUGGGUAUGGAUAUGGGUAUAACGAAACAAUGGAUAGUAGUCCGGAUGCGAGUGAAGUGAGAGCGAGGGAGGGGAUUCCCGAUUUGGAAGAAGAAACAGAAACCGAUUCUCACUACGAAGACGUAAAAACGAAUACGUUUAGUAGAAAGAGAAAUCUAGUCGAAGGAAAAGAAGACGGUGAAGAUAGUACAUUGAAGGGAGUUUCAAGUAGUACGGAGGGUAGUUCUCGAAGAAUCAAAACACCACCGGAGAAAAGUGACGACACUGCAAACGCAGCACAAGCCGAAUCGAGUUCAAAUUCCGUACCAUUGGAAGUUAAACGAGAACAUUCGGUUGGCACCGAAGUAGAGAAGCAGCAUAGCUCUGAAACGAUCGUUUCACAAAGCACAGAGGAGGGUAACAAGGGAGUAAGUGUUGAUAUCGAUGAAGGGUCUACGCAGGAGUUAGAAAUAGAAUCCUCGAUUAUGAGUAGUUUGACAACGUUAUCUCCUCAUGGUUCUCGGGAUCUUCAUGAGGUAGUUAAUGAAAUCAAAGGCGAAUUCGAGAGUGCGUUUAGUCAUGGGAAGGAGGUCGCUUUGAUGCUCGAGGCAGGGAAGUUGCCUUAUCGAUCGAAGUUUGCCGUUCUUAAGGUAAUUUUAUCAAAGUUUGCACCUUCAUUGGUAUCUCCAGACCGUCCAAUACAAUCUGCAAGAUCAAGUUCUCGAGUAACAAAGUUAGCAGGAUCCUAUGAUGAUGCGGUUCUGGAUGUUAGGCCCGUUAACCUUUCUUCGACUUUGGAGAAGCUAUACGUAUGGGAGAAGAAAUUAUACAAGGAAGUAAAGGGUGAAGAGAGGCUACGGGUGAUUUACGAGAAAACGUGCAAGAGGUUGAAUGAGUUGGAUGCAAAAGGCGCAGAAUCUAGUAAGAUCGACGCUGCACAAGCUUCUAUAAAAAGAUUAACUACUAAACUUAACGUGUCGAUCAAAGCUAUUGAUGUCAUAUCUUGUGAGAUAGACAAAGUGAGGGACAGAGAACUGCAGCCGCAAGUCAGCCAGUUGAUCUACGGACUUAUAAGAAUGUGGCGAUUGAUUGUAAAAUGUCACCGAAGGCAGUUCGAAGCCAUCAUGGAGAGCAGAAGUCGUACGUUAAGGGCAAACACAAGUCUCGAAAGAGAUUCAAGCUUGAGAACCACUCUCGAGCUCGAAACAGGGCUUUUAAAGUGGGCCCAACAUUUUAACAACUGGAUUAACGCUCAGAAAUCAUACGCCAAUUCGUUAAACGGAUGGUUAAAACAAUGCAUUGAUCACGAACCGGAAGUCACCGUUGACGGCGAGGUUCCGUAUUCUCCGGGUCGUUUAGGAGCUCCACCGAUUUUCAUAAUAUGCAACGACUGGCAGAGGGAAAUUAACGGCGUUUCUCAAGAAAAAGUGUUGAAAGCGAUGCAUAGUUUCGCUUUCAAGUUGAGGAAAUUGGUGGAGAGACAAGACGACAUACAACGACUUAUGGUCAAAAAGGAGCAUCUUGCGAAGGAUUUUGUGGGAAAAAGUCAAAGUCUUCGGCCUGAUGAAACGCAUGGGUCAAUGGUUCCGUCUGAAGAACGAGCGAGUGUGGAUUAUAAAGAAGCUAUGAAGUUGGUUCAGGACGGCGAAUUAAGUAGUUUACAAGGCGGUGUAAUUCCAAUUUUUAAAGCUUUAGAGGUUUUCACGCGUGACGCUUUGAAAGCCUAUGAGCAGGUAAGAUUGGCAUGAUUAGUGUAACGCGUAGCAGCAACUGUAUUACCAGUUUAUCGGACGGUUUUGACCCGAUGGUAUAUGUGAAUUUUGCUAUGAGAGAUUAGUGAUUAAUUGUGUUAUACAAUAGGCAAUGUUAAGGAGGCAUUGUUAGCCAUUUCUUUUGGACCUGCACUAUUAUUAAUAGGGUAUUUUGUACAUACAACUUUGCUAUUCUUUUAUAUUCUUUUCUUAUAAAAAUGUGAUAUAUUGGCGACUGA